AUGCCACCCACCGUUGUGCAGGCGGCUCCCGAGCUCUCCAAGAUCCUGGCUGGGCACCCCAAGGUGGCAGCCAAGGCAGCCCCGCAGGGCCAGAAGACCAAGUACCUCAGCUCCAAACCUGGAUCCACCACGACGCGGGAGUUCGAGCUGCCCGAGGACGAAGUGAUUCGUCGCCAACUGGCUCAAGUCAAGGCAGAGCGCCAGGGUCUGCUGGGCGCCCUGAUCAGUCUGAAGAAUGAAGUUGGGAAGAAGAAGGAACUGGAGGGGGAGAGUCUGGCCAUCCAAAUGCUCAUGAUCCCUGGGCCGAGCGAGACCGAGGAUGCCGCCACCGCCACGCUGGCGGCGCUGGAGGCCACCCAGUCGGAGAUCACGUCCCUCCAAGCGGCUCGGACCGCAGCGGCAGCGGCAGAGGCCAAGGCCAGGCGCGACCAGGCCCAGGCCUCUGCGGCGCUGCUGGAGGCCACUCGCCUGCAGGAGGCGGCAAGCCAGGACGAAGCCACCCUGGUGCAGGCAGUGCACGACACCAGCAUUGCUCGGGAAGCUGCCGAGCAGGCACUGCACAAGGCGGCCACCAUGUCCGAGCAAGUCCUGACGGACUGGCACAAGAAGGUCAAGGAACGGGCAAAAGAGGAAGCGAAGGAGCGUCUGCUGCGGGAGUCCUCCCUGGCCUCCGACCAGCGAGAGGCUCCCAGCGACGGCUCUCAGGCCGCAGCGCGUCGGUUCCCGCCCCCUGCGCCCCUUGACAUCCUGGAGGGACAGUGGAACAGGCUGCAUGCUGCCACCGGAGCACUCCACCCUGACGGAGUCAUUGCUUUCUGGCAGGAGCUGAAAGCCAAGGAGGAGGCGAUGAAGGAGCUCGCGGCACUGGCAGACGUGCAGGAUGGGGAGGUCAGGGCGGCUCUGGAAGAAGGCAGGGCGGCGCAUGCCGCGGAGCUCCAGCUCCAGCGACAAGCAUCCCGAGCAUCUGAGAUCGGCGGGCUGGGGGGUGCGGAGCUGCUCGUCCAUGCAGCCAGCGAGAAGCUCCUGCGGAAGGGCUUCAGGCGGAGCACACACGUGGGUCCUCCCUGGCUCGCCUCGGCUGCAGACGCGCUGGCCUUGUCGGUGAGCAAGAAGAACGGCCCCACUCUGACGGCAAAGGCCAGAGGGCGGCUGGUGGGCGUGAUGGGGGAGCCUGAUGUCAUCGAUGACACCGUCUUUGAGCUGAACUCCUACUCCAGCGACGACGACUGGAUCAUCGACAAGGAGUACCUGAAGCUGCGCGCUGCCAAGCUCACUGGAAGCCGGGGAAGGAAGGGGGCGCCGAGGGCCGACCUCAAGGACAGUGGAACCACCCAUGGCAUACCAGGUCUGAUGCUGCCCUGCUGA